GGACUUAAGGAAAAUGAAUGUCCUCCAGUCUGCGUGUGUUCCAAGAGUCUCUAUAACCAUUUGUUCGGGUACACGGUGAAAUGUGUAGGGGCUAAUAUUACGGACGAAACAAUACCCCCUUUUCCAAAAGCUACAACGAGCCUCGAUCUCUCACAAAACCAGCUGAGAUCCACAAAGCCCCUGUUUAAGAAGCUGGGCGAACUACACAACCUGCUGAUCGUGUACCUCGAACACAACCAGCUCGAGUCCGUCCCCUACUUCGAAAACAACUCCUUCGCCAAACUCGAGCAAAUGUUCCUCCAAGACAACAAUAUUAAAUGGCUCGAGUCUGCAGCUAUCGAGAGCAUUUUGAAAACACAGAACAAGGAUUUAAGAAUCGAACUACUGGGCAACCCACUCGAAUGCGGAAAAGACAUCUACGAAAUCAACGUUCUCCAGAUUUCCCACUACAAGUUGAUCUCAGACUGGAAAAAUAUUAAGUGUACCGAUGGUGAGAAGGAAAACUUCGUCAAGUUCUACUUCAAGGAGGAAUCGCAAGAGAUGUUUUUCGCCGAAGUCGACCCGUAUAUCGUGGCCGACUGCCUCCUGGGCGCCAUAAACCUCUUCCUGAUGUACGUGAUUUACGACCUGUGGAUGGCCAAGAGGGAGAUGCGGAGGACAAUGGCGGGGAGGCGGCCGCUGCUCGACAAGAUCAUCUGCGGGGUCACCGUCGCCAGCCAAACCCUCUUCAGUCUCUCCUUCUGGAGCAGUGAGAAGGAGUCUCGAGGGUCCAGCGACGCCUUCUACAAGGGCCAGGACCAGGUCGCCAUCAGGAAGAGGACGCCCAACGCCGCCCGUGCCAAUGCCUCUGAGAAGAACGAACUCUGACGGCGUGCGGGAGAAUUCUCAGCAGACGUAUGGAUAGCAUAGUGGUGUAAUGAAGGACACAGAACGGAACUUUUAAGUCGAUUCUUACUCGUUUUCAGUGCAAUGGGAUGCUUUAAUAAGGGUGUUAAAGCGUGUUUUAUUUAUGUGACUUGGUACGAUGGUAUAAUAUAAUCACGAUCUCUUCUAUGUGCUAAAUACAAUAUUUGUCCAGGGCAUGUAAAGCAACAUUUUCUGGGAUCUUUAAUUAUUCGUGUCCCUUCCAUUUUUUUUAUUUUUUAUUUUUAUUUUUUUUCUCUCCCUUUAUUUAUUGACAUUGUUGUUGUUUUCCUUACAAGAUAAAUUAUACAUCUUCCCUCCAUGUCUAUUUUUUGUUUCUAAUAAAAUGAAAGUACUUAAUUGUAUACUUUAAGAAAUGAUGGAUUAGUAUAUAUUAUAUAUUUUUUUACAAUUGUAGAUUUUUUUUUGUAUCGCAGAGGAAUUGAUCAGACUGUAACGAAACCGUAAGAAAGCGAUUGUUUUCUUCAUCAUUACAGCUGAUGAUUUCCACAUGAGAAUAUUCUAUUGACUAUAAUAAUUAUAAUUUUUCAAAGAGUACACUAUCUUUCGUAACACAAAACACGUCAUUGAUAAGUGUUGAUGUCCAUAUUACUAAAUUAAUUGCAUUUUUUUAUAUGUAAAAUAAAACCUUACCUUUUUA